AUGUCUCUUGACUCCUUCUCAGCCAUUCUGAAGCCACUGGAUGGGCGCGAGAUCCCGGGGUUCUUCUCCCGCUACCCGGUGGGCAUCAACGUGGAAGCUGAUCGCAUCACCAAGGCCCUCCGCCGAAUCGGCAUCGAGGCAACAAUGCCCGACACGCGGGAGCGCCACCGUGCCAAGGUGAGACAGGCCAGCACCUAUGGCGACCCAUUUUCCAUCUGCCACUGCUCUGCCUUUCCCGACAGGCUGGAGCUUGUGGGAUGUAUCAUUGAGAUCAUGUGGAUCCACGAUGAUAUCAUCGAGGAACUCGACCACAGCAUCGCCAUGAAGGAACACGAGCUCCUUGCCCAGGUACUGACCGUCCACAUUGACCCGUCCACCUUUGUGGCUGUCAACCGCAGACAGAGUGCGCUGGCACGCAUCCUACGCCUGGCCAUUGACAUGGAUCCUGCUCAAGGCCCCGCCCUCGUCAAGACGCUGCAGACCUAUCUCGCGGCAUACGACAGCACCAGCGUCAACUUUGACAAGUUUGAGGAGUACAGCGCCUUUCGUAUCCUCAACUCUGGCUAUGCCAUGUCCUCCUUCCUGAUGCGCUGGGGAAUGGGGUUCCAGCUCUCGGAGGAAGAGUACGCCCAGGUCAAGGAGUACGACAUGGCCAUCGCCAGCGCUGCCGGUCUCACCAACGACUACUUCAGCUGGAACGUCGAGAAGAACCAGCCGACGGACCGCGUGCGCAACGGCGUCGACGUGCUCCGCCGCGAGCUCAGGCUCUCUGAAGGCGCGGCCAUGACCAUGCUGGCUGGUGUCAUUGUCGACGAGGAGCGCCGUGCCGUCAGACUCAAGCAGGCUCUGGUCAGGCAGGGUCCCUCAGAGAGGGUGCUCCUGUACUGCACGGCGAUUGAGCUGUUUGCUGGUGGGAGCUGCUACUGGCAGGCGACUGCGCCUCGUUACCAGGUGCAGGAAGCCUGA